AUGGUCACAGCAAAGACGACGGUGUCCCUGACAGCGACGGUCUGGUCGACCGAGCCCAGCGAGGACAACGCCAUUGCCGAUACCCCUCAAAUCAGCGAGCCUGAUGCAGACCGAGAUGAUGUCGACGUCCUGUCCACCAUCUCGCCGACAAUCCCAGCACCUUCUCCUCUUCCCGAAGACAGUCCUCACAAGUACGGACUGAGAGACGAGAUUGACACACCCGAGGUGCCCGACGUGCCGGAGAAUAUUGCGCUGCCAAAAGCCAGACGGAAAAGCAGUGGACCUGAACUUUUCAAUGACUCCGAAGGACGACGCAAGAGGCAUAACUUCAAGUCCUCCGGCUUCGCCUACACACGGCCCCUCACGCUGAAUCAAAUCAAAUGUUAUCGUGGUCACGAUCGACUCUUGCUUAGUAGGAACAAGCAUGCGCCAGUUGAGUGUGCCGUAUGCCAUAUCGAUGACGAUGCCGAACACUUCAGCUGCAGUUGGUGUGCGCUUCGGAUGUGCAAGUUUUGUCGCAAGGAUUUCGCAGCGCGCGGCAUAGCGGCGCUGCGAGAACGGAUCAAGCUUGCAGAGCUUGGUGGAAGGAGAGUAGAUUCGGCACACAGCAGCGCCAGCAGUGAGAGUUUGGAGGCAUUGGCCAAACUCACGUCGGCGUACAAUUGA